UCCAAGUUGAGAUUCCAGGUUUUUCAGAAGUUAUCAUAUUCUCUUGGUCAAAUGGGAGAGACGGAAAAGAAUGAGGCUUCAAGCGAAGUGGAAAAGAAAGAAGAGGAAAAACAUGAUAAAAAAGAUGAACACGAGGAUGCAAAAGAGAAUGAAGACAAAGGAGAAGAGAAAUCAAAGGAUAAGAAGAAGACGAAGAAGAAGGAUAAGGACAAUGAUGGUGAGGGUGAGGAAGGUAAAGAAAAUGAUGGCAAAGAGAAGAAAAAGAAGAACCCCGAGGAUAAAAAGGAUCCUGUAAAGCUCAAGCUCAAGCUUGAGAAGAUUGAAGCUAGAAUGCAGGAUUUGGCAGCAAAGAGAGAAGAGAUCCUAGAGCUUAUCAGCGAACUCGAACAGGGCAAUGCAAAUGCCUCGACUGAGGCGUGAGGCCUGUACUACUGGCUCUUGUUCUUAGGGGGAUAGAUUAAUUGCAGUCACGCAAAGAAGAAACUAAGGCUGAGUAUGGAAGAAGUAUAAAUAUAAAUAUG